CAUGUAGCUUUGCAAUAAGGACAAAGGGCAGUCAGAUGGUCAUUUUCGCAAAAUAAAGAAACAACAGAACUUCGACGCAAACCAGAGCUUUAUUUGAGCUAUAGCUGUUACUAGAAUCUCCGUGUCUCUUUCUUAUCACAUAAAAAAAAAUCAUUAAAAAAAAAAAAAAAACAUAAUUUCAACUCAAAUCAAUAAUUCAUGUCCUUUGUAUUUGUUUGUUUGUUUGUUUGUUUGGUAUGAGGCCAGACGGUCACAAUCGUGACUGUACAUGAGCCUUUUAUUCUAAGCCUUUAUAUUGACAGGGUGUUUGUGCGGAAGAGACGUCACUUCCUGCUGACAGUGAGCGCGCGCGGCAGGUGUGUGUGAUGAUUUGAGGAGCUCGUCUGUUCAUCCAGCAGCAGCAUCUCUUGACUGACUGUGAUCUGAAGAUGUCUGUGACACUGAACAGUGUGGAGGCGGUCAAGCGCAAGAUUAAAGUUCUGCAGCAGCAGGUGGAUGAAGCGGAGGAGAGAGCUGAAGUCCUGCACAGACAACUGGAGGAUGAGAAGAGAACCAGAGAACAGGCGGAGUCAGAGGUGGCGUCUCUGAGCAGACGUGUUCAUUUGGUGGAGGAGGAGCUGGAUCGAGCUCAGGACAGACUGACCGCAGCACUGCACAAACUAGAGGAGGCUGAGAAAGCUGCAGAUGAGAGCGAGAGGGGAAUGAAGGUGAUUGAGAACAGAGCUCUGAAGGACGAGGAGAAGAUGGAGCUACAGGAUAUCCAGCUAAAGGAGGCCAGAUACAUCGCUGCAGAAGCCGACCGCAAGUAUGACGAGGUGGCUCGUAAGCUGCUGGUGAUGGAGGGGGAUCUGGAGCGGGCCGAGGGGAGAGCACAGCUGGCUGAAGUCACGAAGCAGCGUUUGGAGGAGCAGCUGAGGGGUUAUGACCAAUCACUGAAGACACUGCAGGUGUCUGAAGAGAAGUAUUCACAGAAAGAGGACAAAUAUGAGGAGGAGAUCAAGAUCCUGACCAGCAGACUAAAAGAGGCUGAAACUCGUGCUGAGUUUGCUGAGAGAUCAGUGUCCAAACUGGAGAAAACCAUUGAUGACCUGGAAGAGAGGCUUGCCACAGCCAGAGAAGAGAACAUCAAGAUUCAUGCCACUCUGGAUUCAACACUGCAGGAACUCAACAACUUCUAAGUCUAGAUGUCUGUCCUCUCCUCUCCACAUGCAAACCACACCGUUUCCUCUCUGAUUGUUGUGGGUGACACGAUGAAGCUGGCGCUUUUUUCACAUUGCACUUCACAUUUCUGUCAACUUGACUUUCACUGGCCUAUGUUCCACACGAGUCCUGUUUUGGCUCAAAAAGUAAAACAAGCAAUGCAAAGUUUAUUUGGACUAAUCACGAUGGAAGGGAGGGACAGACCUUGACUGAAUCACUCAAUCUGGACUGUGCCAACACAGUGUUUGACCAGAUUUAUUAUCUGAAGUUUUUGUUUAGCAGGUGUCAUUUUCUUGUAGUUUCUUUCAAUGGUGGUGUUUAGUCAUUUAUUUCUAUUUUUCCUAAAUUAUAUUAGUUGUAUGUGUUAUUUUUAUUUAUUUAUUUGUUUGUGUGGAACAUUUCCCCAAAAAAGGGGCCAUAAAUCCAGUUCUGGACCAACACUGGUCGAUUCUCCCCGCACGCCUGUAACCCCACUGAUGUGAAAUCAUGUUUAAUCCACAGAGGGGUGGUGACAGAGAUGGCGGGUGAUCAGUCAGUCAUAGUGCACUGCCAAAUUAAAGAACUUGGUCAAAUAAAGAGGAAAACACUUUUUUUUUUUUUUUUUUUACUGUCUAAAACCUUUCAAGAGGUCAUAUAAAAUCUGUUCAGUUGCUAAUAGCCUUUUGCAUAGUGGAUAACUUAGUGUUAAAGAUGUAAAUGUUUAUUGACUGUUUCAUUGUAAUAAUUUGACUUUUUUUUUUUUUUU